AAACAAACGACUCCACGUUCGCUCCAACUAACACAUACUUUCUCUCUCCUCCAAAUCGUUGAAAUGGGAUUGACCAAAGCCAAAAGGCAGAGCCACUUUCCAACUCUCUUAACGUGGGCAAACAGAAACACUGGACGCUUCUCCUUCUUCUUUCCCCUCUCUGAAUUUCAACCAUUCUGUCCUCUUUACUCGGGAUUCACAUAAACACUGUGAUUUUCACUCACCUCUCAGUUUAAGCUGCAAAGUUUCUCUUCAGAGUUGCUUCAUUUGGGAUCUAAAACCGUCAGAAAUGCAGUUACACCAUCGGUUUCGUGCAUAUGAUCGAUUGCGAGGUUCGAAAUGUCAAACUCAUAGGCUCCUGCUAGUUCAGGAAUCCUUGUUGUAAGCAUUUAUAGAGACGGCAAUGUUACCUGCAAAUGCUUCAAGAUCUGAGCGUUGUGUAGCGCAUGUUCCUUUGUGCUUUUUAAGUUUGAUUAGAACUCGGUGGAACUGAUCAUGUUGAGAAGUUUCGACGCUUAGUUUCGAGUGAAUGUCUGAAUGAGUGAUAAUAUCUAUGCAGCAACUUGAUUGAAAAUCUCAGGACAUUGCUUUCUUAUGACAAGAAGUGUGGACAUGAAAAUCUUCUCCAUUUUCCACUGCUUUUGCUCCCUUUUCAUUCUAGCAACACUUGUUUCCCAUACUCUUGGUGAUUUGAACUCAGAUGAACAAGCCCUUCUUGCCUUUAUAAAUUCUGUCCCCCAUGAUCGCGGGAUCAACUGGAAUCCAGCUAUCCCCCUAUGUUCCUCUUGGGUAGGCAUUAAAUGUAGUAGAGGUGUGGGUCCACGUGUGGUUUCUGUUCGACUUCCGGGAAUUGGACUCAGUGGUCCAAUUCCCGAAAAGACCCUUGGAAGGCUGGAUGCCUUGAUGAUUCUCAGUCUUCGAGCUAAUUAUCUAAAUGGAAGUCUUCCUUCAGACCUCACUUCCCUUUCAUCACUUCGUUAUCUUUUCCUUCAAAAUAACAACUUUUCCGGUCAUAUCCCAACUGUUUUACCCCAAAAAAUAAUCGUUUUGGAUCUUUCAUAUAAUUCAUUCACUGGUGAAAUUCCCAAUCUGAUGCUCCCAAGAUUGAAACAUUUGAAUCUAAGUCACAAUUUUCUUAAUGGUUAUAUCCCACCAUCCCUUCAAAACUUCCCAAAUUCUGCUUUUGUGGCCAACUCAUUGUUGUGUGGGUUACCUUUAAUUCCUUGUUCCCCUCUUGAGACAGAAGCGAGAAAAACGCACAGCCCUAAGAAAAGGCUCAAGUUGGGAGUUAUAAUUGCCAUUGCAGCUAGUGGGGCAGUGCUACUCAUUAUAGUUGCUUUAUCCAUUCUCUUUUGCUGCCUGGAGAAAAGAGAGAGUAAUACUAUACGUUCCCUCAAAGGAAAGCCUCCUAACAGAGGAAGGGGUGAUAAACCAAGGGAGGAAUUUGGCAGUGGGGUGCAGGAAGCAGAGAAAAACAAGUUGUUUUUCUUUGAAGGAUGUUCAUACAACUUUGAUCUUGAGGACUUACUAAGGGCUUCAGCCGAAGUGAUGGGAAAGGGGAGCUCUGGGACGACAUACAAGGCUAUUCUGGAGGAGUCAACAACAGUGAUUGUUAAGAGGCUGAAAGACGUCAUACUGGGGAAGAGGGAGUUUGAACAACAGAUGGAAGUUGUUGGCAGGGUUGGACAACAGCACCCUAAUGUGGUGCCUUUGCGUGCAUAUUAUUAUUCCAAGGAUGAGAAACUUCUAGUCUAUGACCAUUUCACAAGAGGCAGUUUGUCAACGCUUCUCCAUGGAAGCCCGGCAAUGGAAAGAACUCAUUUGGACUGGGAAAGUCGAGUUAAGAUAGCACUAUCUGCAGCGAAGGGGAUUUCACACAUCCAUCAUAGUGGUGGUGCCAAAUUCACUCAUGGAAAUAUAAAGUCCUCAAAUAUACUUCUUAACCAGGAUUUCGACGCUUGUGUCACUGAUUUUGGUCUGUCUUCUGUCAUUAACUUCUCUGGACCUCCUAAGCAACCUGGAUACCGGGCCCCAGAGGUGAUUGAAACUCGUAAGCACACGCACAAAUCAGAUGUUUACAGCUUCGGAGUCUUACUGCUAGAAAUGCUUACUGGAAAGCUUCCAAUUCAAUCACCCGGGCGUGAUGACGUGGUAGAUCUUCCAAGGUGGGUCCAGUCGGUGGUCAGAGAAGAAUGGACUGCCGAAGUGUUCGAUGUGGACUUGAUGAAAUUUCAGAAUGUGGAAGAAGAGAUGGUUCAGAUGCUGCAGAUUGCUAUGGCGUGUGUGGUGAGGGUUCCUGAUAUGAGACCUGACAUGGAUGAAGUUGUUAGGAUGAUUGAAGAGGUCCGAAACUCAGGCGCUGAAAAUAGGCUGUCUUUGGAAGAAAUCAAACUUAAGGAUUCAAAUGUGAAGACCCCUUGAUGAUUCGCUACCUUGUGAGUUUCUGGGAAUUUAUUUAUAGUUCUAAUAGAUGGAUGCAUGGUUUUCAAUGUGGAGAGGGGUUCAAUUACCAAUAUACUUCGUAUAUGUUUUUCCUUUUGUUCAUUACAAAAGAAUUCACGCUCAAUUUGUUUCA